AUGACUGACCCGGACGUCCUCACUGAGGUCCCAGCAGCUCUUAAACGCCUUGCUAAAUAUGUGGUGCGUGGCUUUUAUGGCAUUGAACAUGCUUUGGCUCUGGACAUUCUCAUCAGGAACCCCUGUGUGAAGGAAGAAGACAUGUUAGAGCUCCUUAAGUUUGAUCGGAAGCAGUUGCGGGCUGUCCUCAACACCCUUAAGGGAGACAAGUUCAUCAAAUGCAGGAUGAGGGUGGAGACGGCUCCCGAUGGCAAAACCACCCGACAUAACUACUACUUCAUCAACUACCGCCUUCUGGUCAAUGUGGUGAAGUACAAGCUGGACCACAUGAGGAGGAGAAUCGAGACAGAUGAAAGGGACUCCACCAAUCGCGCCUCAUUUAAAUGCCCCAUUUGCUUCAGCACAUUCACAGACUUGGAGGCCAACCAGCUGUUUGACCCCAGGACAGGAACCUUCCGUUGUACUUUCUGUGAGACUGAAGUGGAAGAAGAUGAGUCGGCGAUGCCCAAAAAGGAUGCAAGGACACUCGUGGCAAGAUUUAACGAGCAGAUUGAGCCCAUCUAUGCUCUGCUUCGUGAGACAGAAGAUGUUAACUUAGCCUAUGAAAUCCUCGAGCCAGAACCUACAGAGAUUCCUGCCCUAAAGCAGAGCAAGGAGCGUGCAGCUGGUACUGGUUCAGGAACUGCAGCUGGCCUUGCAGGUGGACACCAUCGAGAAGCAUGGACUACAAAAGGACCCUCAUAUGAGGACUUGUAUACCCAGAAUGUUGUCAUCAGCAUGGAGGACCAGGAGGAUCUUAACCGGCCUACAAGUGAAGGAAAGCCGGCCAGAGAAAGACCGAUUUGGCUACGGGAAAGCACAGUGCAGGGGGCUUAUGACCCUGAUGAGAUCAAAGAUGGAGGCCGGGAUCUGGAUGCUUUCCAGGAGCGUGAGGAGGGCCGGGCAGCUCUGGAUGACAAUGAGGAGGUGAUGCGUGCCCUGCUUAUCCACGAGAAGAAGACACCUUCUGCUUCAACGGUUACGGUCGGAGGUGCUGCUCCUCUCUCCAGUGUCAAUGCCAGUGACUCUGAGAGCGAGACCAGUGAGUCAGAGGAGGAAUCUCCUCCCCGCCCUCCUGCUGUGGCCACCACAACAUACGGGCUGGAGGAUGAAGAGGAGGAUGAAGAGUUUGAGGUGGUAGCAGAAGACCCCACGGUCACAGUGGCUGGGCGUCCACACACGUACAGCCAAGUGAGCCAACGCCCUGAGCUGGUGGCCCAGAUGACGCCAGAGGAAAAAGAGGUUUACAUAGCCAUGGGGCAGCGCAUGUUUGAGGACAUGUUUGAUUAA